GCCUGACCUGGACCGCAAGCUGAAUUGGACUAUCUUGGGCACGGAGGACGGAAGGCUGAGGGCUACAGCCCGUGGUUCACGGAUUCCAGGCUCAGGACCUUGGUGUGGCCCUGCCCCAUGGAGGCCACAGGGCCCUGGGCCUGGGCCCCUGCCACCGGAACUCUUCUUCCUGACCUGGCCUGACUCUGUCUCCCGGGGAGUGUGCGUUCAGGGGAAAGAAAGGGAGCCCUGCCUUGGAGUCCGGGGGUCUAACUAUACACAGUCAGCAACUCCAGCCACUUCACCGCGUUUCCCAACAGCUUUGAGAUUUGGAGACCUGCAGCCUGACUGCUUUCUCAGAAGAUAUGAUCCACUACCUCAGCCAUUUUGUUGGAGCUGAACUGGCAGAUGAAGGUGAAACCCAAGCACCAUGGACCUCCUGGUUUCCUCUGGAAUGAAGGGCAUCGCUGUCUUCCUUGUCUUCAUCUUCUGCUGGACAACCUCCACCCUCAGCAGCUUCUGGCAGUUCCAGAGGAUGGUCAAACACACCACAGGACGCAGCGCCUUCUUCUCCUAUUAUGGAUACGGCUGCUACUGUGGGCUUGGAGGCAGAGGGACCCCUGUGGACGCCACAGACAGGUGCUGCUGGGCUCAUGACUGCUGCUACCACAAGCUUAAGGAAUAUGGCUGCCAGCCCAUCUUGAAUGCCUACCAGUUCACCAUUGUCAACGGGACUGUGACCUGUGGAUGCACCAUGGGUGGCAGCUGCUUUUGCGGGCAGAAGGCCUGUGAGUGUGACAAACAGUCUGUGUACUGCUUCAAGGAGAACCUGGCAACCUAUGAGAAAGCCUUCAAGCAGCUCUUCCCCACCAGGCCCCAGUGUGGCACGGACAAACUCCAGUGUUAGGGAAGCCACCAUUGUCCCUCUGUCACCUGCUCUAGUCCAAGGCCCUUCUGAAAACCCCUCUCCCUCCAAGAGUUCCCAGGCUCUUGCAUUGCUGUCUGGGGAGUGUCUUCUCAGUCACUAGGGGACUGGAGGUGGGGAAUUCCUGCCCUGGAAACAGACCUUAUCUGGCAAUUAAGUGAUACAUUCUGGCAGUAGGAAGCAAGGACACAAGGGAGCAGGGGUGGGGGACAUCCUGCAAUCCCAGCAAUUGAGAGGUGGAGGCAGGAGAGGCAGGAGGUUGGGGCAGCCUCCACUAUACGGUAAGUUCAAGACUAGCCUGAGCUACCUGAGACCCUUCCUGGAAAAGAAUUUAAAUUUUUUUUUAAAAGGAAAAGAAAACAGAGGGACACGGGGAUUAGACUGAAAGGUGUUCUCAAACCCUUUUCCCCAUAGAGCAUAAAGCCCCAGGAUCCAGCCUAAACUCUCCUAUACUCUCAAUCCAAGUCAGGAUAUGUGUCUGACUGGGGAAUGAGGUCCUCCACCCAGGUCUGGCUGGGAACUAAGCAGGUAUCCUAGAAAAGACAGUCCCAAGAGCCUUGCCUGGAGUCUAGUCCUCAUUUGCUCCAGGUCUGACCUCUGUAAACCUUCCAGCAGGAAGCAGCCUGUUCCUGUCUCAGGAGGUGGGGCACUAUUAGAACAAUGGUGUGCACCAGUGCCACAAAGAUGUCAUGGUUAAGAUGGCAUCAAGAAAUGGAAAGAGGACGUUCGAAACAGUGGGUUCAAGGCACCCAAAGUACUCACCCCAAUUUAGAAGCCUUUGGUCCUGUAAGACUUAAAUCUAGUAAACAAGGAAGGUCUAAUUGGGCUGGAGUCUGAAGUUGAUGGUGCCAGGCAGGAGUGGUGGGUGGCAGGCAUGGAUGUGACCAUGCUUGCCUUUCUGCAUGGUGACACUUGCCUUUCCAGCCCUAGCACACAGCACAUCUGAAAAGGGCAGAGUCCCUGUUGCAUCCCUUGAAUCUGAGACUCUGCUUGCUAAUAUAGCAAAAGCAGGAGUCUAAAGUGCAGGCUUCAGCCUCUGAGGUCCAGGGCAGGUCUGUUGUCAAGACCCCUGAAUCCACCAGGAGGAAGCCUUGGGCUCAGCCUCCUGCAUGAUGAGAGCUUGUUGGGUCAACAGUAUCGGCAAAUCACUGGGCUCAGAGGCUUUGCAAGCGUGGAAGAGCCCAGCCGAGCCCAGGAUGAGUGGCAGCACACAGAAGCACGAGCCACAUACAGGAAGCUGCCUCUCGGUGAUGCUUUAGGGUGGCUGGUUACACAGCUGUUGGGUUCAGAGUGGAAGCUGAGAACACUCACUUCAGAUACAGAAGCUUAAAAUGGAAGCUUUGUCUUCUGAGCGCUCAGCACCAGUCCCCAAAGGGAGCAUAUAUGGCAUUUAUUUUGGAUCGGAACACAAAGUGAGGGGCAGCAGGGGGACUGUUGCACAGCAAGGACAUUAACAACGUUGGUGCCUGGGCCUUGUCCUGGUUUCAGGAUCCUUGAGUCAGCUUUGGCAGUCAGGUCCCCUCCUGGACUCUGGCUCAGAAUUUAGAAUGAUAAGGGAAAAAAGGAGUGGGCAAGCUGCACACAGUCAUUAAGUCAAGACAGGCAGCACAUUUAGGACUUGAGUGUCUUAGCUUAGAUAGCAGGAUAACAGCAUCUUCCCUCUUUGCAUCCCUUACUUUGCAUUCCUGAGAUGGCUGGACUCAGAACACUGCCUAACAAGCUGUUGACACUGGUCUUUAUUCAUAGAUACUACCAGGUUCUCAGCUCUUGGGCCAGACUUGGAGGCCAUGGGGAUGUGGUCAUUUGCCCCGUCCCCUUGCCCCAGGAGGAAUUGGGGAAAUGAUUGGAUUUGUAUAGUGGAAGAGAACACAUGGGGCUCCCUUCACUUAGUAGGUCAGCCAACAUGUGUGAAUUGAGCCCAUACUGUGUGUCAUGUGCAUCGCUGAGCAACAAGGAUUCGGAGAUUUAAAGAACACACACAUACUUCAGGUUUGAGAAUUUUGAAUUUCAGGGAGAACUCUAGCGCCAUGGCAGCUUCUACCAGUGCCAGAGGCUAGCCCUGACAGAGAAAGCCAAGCACAUGGAGACAGUAGGGUCAGCAGAGGGCCUGGGAGUCAGGGCCAUGAGCUCUACCCAGCUCAAACCACAUAGUCAUCUUUAUUCCCCAGCCUAUCCAUGUACAGCAAGUACACAUGGGGGCGGGGCCAGGGAGCCAGGAAUCUGAGAUCUAGGAACAUCAGGGGGCUCAGGCAUACCUACCAAUGUGGCUAGGUUAAGGUAGAGCAUGUCACCUUCUGGAGUGUCCUGUCAUAUCAGAGACUGGUUCCAACCUGAAAAGAUGUCUGAGUGACAGCUGUGGUGGGAGAAGAGGAGCCAGGAUGACACUCUGCACAAAGGGCUGGGUUACUGUGUGAGAUGCAGGUCUCUUCUGCCGCUGGGGUCAGCUUCUACACUGGAAAUAGACGGGAUACAGUAUGCAGGGUGGUGUGAGUCCCAGCCGGGAAUCUGAAGAGAAAGUGUUAGGACUGUAAAAGAAUGUGUUGCUGCUUGCAGGAAAUCAUCGAUUUCUUGGAAGGGCAGCCAUUCAUCUACACCAGGGACUGACUUUGUGCCAGGCCUGAGAUGAGGGUAGAGAAGUAGAAAUUCUGUCCACUCCAAAGAGCAGUCAGCCUGGGGAGGAAGGACACAAGGACCAAAUAGCUUGGAAGGUGCUGAGGUAGGUGGCUGCUUAGGGAGCAAUGGCCACUGUCUGGGAAGAAGGCUCCUUCAAGGAAUGUAGGGACGUGGAGCCCCACCUCCACCCCCAGGUAAAUGGAUGAAGGAUAAUACGGGGGAGAGGGGUGUCAGAUUCUUCUCAAAUCCCACCUUCAAGCUGCUGGCACGGCCGAUUGUGUAUUUACAAAAUACUCGAGCGAAAUGACUACAUGCAAAUAAAAUACAAAAUGAGAAGUC